AUAAAAUUAAGCACUAUGUUCGCUACGAAAGCUACAGAACCAUCUACAAAGACAUUCAUUAGAGAGGAUACGGCGGACAACAAUUCACUGCGCUACAAGGGUCUUCUAAAGAGCGAAGAUAUACCGUGUGAUUUUGCUGCGAAUGUUUUAGGCACUCUUCUGGAGAAGUACCACGAGAACUACUUUGAAUACUUGUCCACUUAUGCCUUCGGAAGUGUAUUCAACAAUACAGUAAUCGAGAUGUGGACAAACCCAUUAAGCUUACUAGGGUCAUGGAUCUUACAAAACCUGAUUGACACAACGCUGCUAAUUCAACAAACUGGCCAGCCGAACGCACGCUUUGACACUGGCAUUUCAGUAGUGCAGAUGACGACGGAAGAAGCAAAGGACGGGGGAUCAAAGUCCGAGGGUCCUCUAGAAGAAGUGAAGGAUUUCAUCAUGUACAACUGGCUCUACUGGGGAUUAUUAAUGCCUAUGAGCAUUGGACUGAUUACAUCUAGCUUCGUAGUCAACCCUUCGAAUGAAAUACUCAAUGAAGCCCGAGACUUGCAGCUGAUGACUGGUGUAUCAGGAUGUCUUUACAUUGGGACCAAUUUUGUUUUUGAUUUGUUGUUCUAUAUAACACCAUUGACGGCAAUAUACUUUGGAUUCGCAACGGCCUUUAACCUCUCAAGUAGCACACAUGCGACGCUGGUUCUUGUGAUGUUAUCAUCCGCUCCUGUCAAUAUAUUUCUACCUUACCUCAUUUGUGAGCAUAGCGCAGAUGGUGGUUCAUCCUACGCCGCUAUUCUUGGGAUAUACGCAGUCGGAGGUCCAGCUCUUGUCCUCGCCUACCUCUUUACAACUACAUUCAAUGAAGAGAGAGAUUGGAGGACUGUUUUUUUGUUUUUUCCUCCAUUCCAACUACCAGCAGCUUUUGUACGAGCCGUAAGUUUUGAAAAAGAAAUGACAGCAUGCGACUACAUGCGACAGAAAAAAUCGAGGGAUGGCAUCUUCUGUUGGUUUGCUGGAAAGUUCAGUUCUGCAAUCAAACAUUGCUGCGAUGGUGUUUUUGUGCGCAGACAUCUGCACGGCAGAGCAGCAACUUCAAAUUCGAAAGGAGCAAGCCUUUGUCCGCCAAAUCAGAAGGGCCUCCACAGAAGUUAAUGGGGUGGGGGACAUUUCACA